AUGUCCAAGUUCGAGGAUCCGGUGCCAUUGUCGUCGCGCAUAGCAUCGCUGGUCCAUGCGCAUUUUGAUGCGCUACCUACGCGCAGUAAACCAUCUAUUUUUCCCGAUGGAUCAAGGGAGUGGAUUCCUAUGACUGGCAUUGUGAUUGUAGCUGGAGAAAAUACAUCAUCCGAGAGUCUGCACUGCAUUACAAUCACGAGCGGGGCCAAAUGUCUUUCAGCCUCUCACAUCCCACACUGUCGAGGGCUCGUCCUGCACGAUUGCCAUGCAGAGAUCCUUGCCAUUCGAGCAUUCAACCACUGGCUUCUAACAGAAUGCCACGCUCUGCUGGCGGAAGAAAGAACAGCUGAAGAAAAUGCGGACUCUGUGUGUGAAAAUAGACCCACGUCGCCCUUUAUCCGCAGAAGGGAAGGCAAAUAUCACGACAAAAAUGCGUCAAUAAAAUGGCCACCAUUCGAGCUUCAACCCGACAUCAAAAUAUACAUGUACUGCACCUGUGCACCCUGCGGCGACGCAAGCAUGGAACUCUGCAUGGCCUCGCAGGAAGACGCAACACCAUGGGAGGUAAUGCAAGAGCAGGCAUCCAACACAGAAGAGUCCGAGGGGAAAAUGCUAGACGGUCGAGCCCAUUUCUCUCUUCUUGGUGUCGUCCGUCGAAAGCCCGCACGAAUGGAUGCUGAAUCUACGCGCAGCAAAUCCUGCUCGGACAAACUUGCCCUGCGGCAGGUCUCUUCAUUACUCUCGUGCGAAACAAGCAGUCUCGUCGCUCCUACCGAGAGUGCAUACCUAGCUGGCCUGAUCCUUCCAGAGGAUGAAAUCAGUCGAUCUGGAUGUGAGCGAUCCUUUGGCGAGAAUGGUCGAAUGAAAGCUCUAGCCGGAAGGUCUUGGUCCGGCAGCUCAGCAGUAGGAGAUACAGCUGGAUAUCGAUUUCGUCCGUUCCAGGUCCUCUCCGUGCCUGUCGAGCAAAUAGAGUCACAAUGGCGUUUUUCCAAGAUAAAGAGAGACGACUCAUCUUUAUCAGCAGAUGGAUCAGAGGAAUCCAAAUCAGCGGUUGUGUCUAAGAAAAAUAGACCCAGCAACGUUAGUGCAAUAUGGACAGCAGCGCCGUCUUAUUCUCACACUUGCGCUGCAUUGGCGGAUACAGGCAGCAAAUCUUUGCCCGCUUUGAACAAGACGAAGACUGGAUUGUAUGAAAAUGUCAUCAAUGGGGUGAAGCAAGGGAAUCGUGCUACUACUCCUCUUGCGAGAGGAGCCUCUUCGCUUUCUCGUGCUAAGCUCUGGGGCCUGGUUCGCAAUGUCAUCCAGCCGAGCGCAUGCCAUGGUCCUCCAAGCCCUUUGCAGGAGGAACUAUCUAGGUCAGAAGUGGACCGUGUUGACCAUGGUUCUCUGAGUGUAUUGCAACGGCAUGUGGUACAGUCGACUACUUAUGAUGAAUUCAAACGAGCAAUCGUCAGCUCAACAGACCCCAACCAGGUUCGUGCGGAUGCCAUGAACGACGCAAAGGCGGUUCUCAAGGGUUGGGUAGCGAACUCGGGUGAUGAAAACUGGGGGUUGGACGUUCUAAUUGACCCUCAGAAGAGGAAGCGUUGA